CUUUAAGGAAAAUGCGGAGAGGUUUGUCCGCGCUGCGCUUUCCGUAGGUGGAGUCACGUGACCCGGAAGUACGAGGAGUUGGAUUAUACAGAUGACAGGGAUUAAAGGGGAGCAAGUCGGCUGAGAAAAAAAAAAAAAAAGGAAUCCGCCAUCCGUGACCUGAAGGGGGUGAGACACGUUGGGGUAAUUAAUAUGUGAGGAGCGCGGCGGCUGGCAGCGUCUGGUGUGGAAUUUGCAUUGCUGAUCCCCCGGAGCGGGAGAUCGAUGCCGGAGCCGACUGGCGAAGUCUCGUUAUAAGUCUGCUAAUUACAGGCACGUCAUACAGGUCAACAUGGACAAAUGCCGCAAUCGACCUCGAAGACCUGACCAGGCCUUGUAUGUGCCCAAAGCCAGGCGCAAUAUAGAUGAGCCACCCAGCGGAGCAGACGCUGAACACCUACCUGCUCCUAUUCCCGAAUCUCCUAUUGCCGAAUCUCCAAUCCAGAGGCGACCCAAGAACAUCAAAGCUUACUCUGUUUCUCGGCUCCAUGAACAUGGGAAACGAAGGAGUGGUAAAAAUGCUAAAUCCCCCGAUCCAAAUACAAACCCUCAGCACAAAGAAGACAGGGAGCCGGUCUGCACCGGAACAGAGGGUGCUGGAAGGGAUUCCUUGUGUGAGGGUGUUGGUAACCUAGUCCUCAAUGAGGAAACUUUGUCAUUGGGCUCAGUACAGAACUGUGUGCAGGAAUCCCGCCUCGUUCCCUCUGCCGCAACCUCUUCAUCAAAGGAAGAGGAACAGUUUGAUGUCCAUAGCAGGUCUUCCAUUCGUCUAGGAGAGCAGCAUGAAAAUGCAACACAGAGGUCAGCAGAAAGAACAUUGGAGCGAGACAGGAUGAUGAUAAAAGCAGAAGAUCAGGGAAGGUGUCAGUCUAGAGAGGCGUCUCCAUCAGAUGGGCGUAUAGGGGAUCCCAGGCAGUCCAAACCUAUAGACUUACUAUCAAGCACCCAAGACCAGGUGACAGGGGGCUCAGAGUUUACAUGUCGGCAGGGAAUGAUGGAUUUAACGACGAAGAACGUACUUCAUAGCUGUGAACCCAAAACACACAAUGUAGAAAACAUGACUCAAAAAGCUGCUUUAUUCCCUGGCACAGACUGCACAGAAGUCAUUGCCACGAGUGACAUUGUUAGGGAUCCACCUGGACAGCUUGCAGUCUGCCUAGGCGAUUCAGAUAACACAGCUCAUGUCACCCUCUAUAAAAAGCCUGAAAGUAUUGCUGGAGGAGAAUUGGAUUCCCCUCCUGCAAUAGCAGAGAAGGUCUGGGAGCUUGCAGAGGAGGAUAACUGUGCCGUACUGUGUGUUAUUGAGCCCAGCAUCAGAGCUGCAGAGGGGGAUAACCAUGCCGUACUUGGUGCUACUGAACACCGCAUCAGAGCCGAAGAGGAGGAUAACUGUGCCGUACUGGGUGCUAUUGAGCCCAGCAUCAGAGCUGCAGAGGAGGAUAACCGUGAUGUACUGGGUGCUAUUGAGUCCAGCAUCAGAGCUGAAGAGGAGGAUAACUGUGCCGUACUGGGUGCUAUUGAACCCAGCAUCAGAGCUGCAGAGGAGGAUAACUGUGAUGUACUGGGUGCUAUUGAGUCCAGCAUCAGAGCUGAAGAGGAGGAUAACUGUGCCGUACUGGGUGCUAUUGAACCCAGCAUCAGAGCUGCAGAGGAGGAUAACUGUGAUGUACUGGGUGCUAUUGAGUCCAGCAUCAGAGCUGAAGAGGAGGCUAAUAGUGCCGUACUGGGUGCUAUUGAACCCAUCAUCAGAGCUGCAGAGGAGGAUAACCGUGAUGUACUGGGUGCUAUUGAGUCCAGCAUCAGAGCUGAAGAGGAGGAUAACUUGUCCGUACUGGGUGUUAUUGAGCCCAGCAUCAGAGCUGAAGAGAAGGAUAACUGUGCCGUACUGGGUGUUAUUGAGCCCAGCAUCAGAGCUGAAGAGGAGGAUAACCGUGAUGUACUGGGUGCUAUUGAACCCAGCAUCAGAGCUGAAGAGGAGGAUAACCGUGAUGUACUGGGUGCUAUUGAACCCAGCAUCAGAGCUGCAGAGGAGGAUAACCAUGAUGUACUGGGUGCUAAGGAGCCCAGCAUCAGAGCUGAAGAGGAGGAUAACUGUGCCGUACUGGGUGCUAUUGAACCCAGCAUCAGAGCUGCAUAUGAACACAUCGCUGAUUCUGAAGCAUGUAGGUCUGAAAGCCAUGCAGGUGGAUUAGAUGGCAUUUAUAAAUGUGAAUUGUCUGCACACAGUAAUACGUUGCACAUUGGAGUAGAGAAUCUGAGUGAAGAUGUUGGAGAGGGUGAGAAUGGUGGUUUUCCCCAUGUAUCUAUACAGCACAUAACUGGAAACAGUGGAGAAAUCUCGGAUAAUCCCUUGUUAGAGAAACCAUUUAUAGAGGGUCUAUCAGCUAUGGUCAAUGCAGAACCAAAUCUGUCUGCAGCCAAUGCAGAGCAAUUACCAGAUGGGUCAAGCAUGGAAGAAGGGCCUUCAAGGACUAUGCCCUCUUUGGACAGUAAGCAAAUCCCCCUGGCAGUGGUAGAACAGGUUUCCUCUCUGGAGACCAUGGAACUGGUGGCAAGUUCUACAACCGUUGACCCUGCAGAAUUAUCAGCGCAGGUGACCUUCGAGGAGAGUGUGCCAUCUGCCAUUGAGGAAGAUGGAAACGCGAUAAGCGUGCAGAAUGUGGAGUCAAGGCCUGAUGGUUGUACAAACUCAAGGGAACUCUUCCAAAGUUCUUGUGGUCUGAAAGAAGACCCUUCAACUGGAACCGACUGUGAACUGGAGGGGAGUAAAGCUGCGCCAAAGGACGGCUCUAUGGGAAGCCAAACUGCGAUCGCUAUGGAAACACCAGAGAAGGUGACUACUUCUGCCGCAGCCAACGAGGAGGAGGAGAGCUGGGACUCCCUUUUCAAUGAUGAAGGGGAAAUUGUCGAUCCUCAACUUGUGGAAGAGCUGACAGCGAGGGGGGAGAGCCAGCAGAGCAGAGAGGAGUCUCCAUAUAACUAUUAUCACUAUGAGCCCCAAGAAGAAGUCAUGGAUGAUCCAGAACUGUCACAUGUCAUCGAGAUCUAUGACUUCCCCGCUGAGUUCAAGACGGAGGAUUUACUCCGCGCGUUUGCUACUUACCAGAAGAAAGGAUUUGACGUGAAAUGGGUUGAUGAUACACAUGCCCUGGGCGUGUUCGCCAGUCACAUCCCAGCCCGUGAUGCGUUGUCCUCUAAAAAUCCUUUGUUGAAGGUGCGGCCGAUAUCGCAGGCCACCAAAGCAUCCAGAGCCAAGGCCCGAGCGUGUGCAGACUUUCUGCAGCCUGCUAAAGACCGUCCAGAAACGUCUGCGGUUCUUGCAAGGAGACUGGUGAUUAGUGCCUUGGGAGUGCGGAGUACCCAGAGCCGGGCUGAAAGGGAGGCAGAACGCAAGAAGCUACAGGAAGCCAAAGCGCGGCGGCAUCUAGAAACAAAACAGCGUGAGGACGCCUGGGAAGGGAAGUGAUGGCACCGCUCUUGGAUCACAGCAUCUCGAAAAAAAUGGACAUUGGGUUUUAAAUCCUUUUUACUUUUCGGGAAAAACAGUGAAACUGUAUAAAUCCUUCUUUUUUUUUUUUUUUUUUUUUUAAUCAAAAUUGACAUUGUAAGUGUGUAAGAUAUUGCAGUCUAACAAUAGACACCACUCUUGGGGGGGGGGGGGGGCAGGCUUUGUUCUAUGGAUUUUAUUUGUGAUUUUUGCUUCAUGCCAAAGCCUUACUAUUGAAACGUUAAUUUUACAUUUGUAACUAUUACUUUUACAUUUGUAACUUUUACUUUUACAUUUGUAAUUUUGAAAGGUCAACCUGCCUGAAGCUUAUAUUUCAGUGAGUUAAAACUGAACUCCGGGACAAAAAAUAAAUAAAUAUCUAUA